UUUCCACGUCUUUCUAGACUCAGACGUGUAGAUAAGAGUAGAAUGAGUAAGAAAAUAAGAGAAAUAGAGGAGGAAGAUGAAGGGAGAAGGAAUAGAGGAGGUGGUAAAACAGAAAAAUGCUAAGAAAACAAUAUUUAGGUUAAUUUUCCCUGCUGCCCUGUCUGUCUUUGUAGUAUUUGUCUUCCUUGACAGUGCUUUCAGUGUAUUUGGCGUGUUUAGGGAGUGUUGGAGUGUGUCUGGAGGUAUUUAGGAGGUGUUGGAGUGUGUGUUUUAGGGAUUUGGUGAUGUUUGAGUCAAUAUUUAGCGUUCCUGGUGUGUUUUGGGGUGUCUUAGGCUUGUUUAGGAGUGCUUUAAGUGUGCUUUGGACUGUUUUCAAUGUUUUGAGAUGUUUCAAGUGUAUUUUGGGAUGUUAUGGAUGAGUUUGGGUGUGUUUUGUGUGGAUACGGGUGAGUUGUGUCUGCGUUUGUGGGUAUUUUUGGGUAUUUUUGGUCAGUCUGGGUGUGUUUUGGGGUGUUUUAAGUGUGUUUUGGGCCGUUUUCAGCGUUUUGGGAUGUUUUAAGUGUGUUUUGGGAUGUUAUGGAUGAGUUUGAGUGUGUUUUGGGUUGGUACGGUGUGUUUUGGAUGCGUUUUAAGUCAAUUUGGGUGAGUUUUGUAGUAUUUUAAGUGUGUUUGGGGAUAUUUUGGUGCUUUUUCGAUGUGUUUAGGUUGUUUUUUUGUGCGUUUAGGAAUGUUCUGGGUAUGUUUAAGGUGUUUUAAGGUGUUUUAGUGUGAUUGGACUUGCUUUUGAGGUGUUUUAGUUAUGUUAUAGGCAUGUUGCAGGUAAGAAUGGGGUCUUUGAGGGUAGAAGUGGUGUGCUUGAGGUAAAAUAAAAGAUUCUGGAGUGUUUUUGAGAGAGGCUCUGAUGGUAGAAGCAUGUCAGGGGUGUUAUAGCGCGUGUUGUGAUAUAUGAAACUACUAGAUGCAAGUGUGUGACCACCACCACCAUCACCACCACCACCAGCACAGUGGAAAAAAGAGCAAUGGCAACCCUCCGAUCCGGCAAGCAGGUUGGCGGCAGCAAUGGCGGUGGCAGCGGCAGCAGUGGUGAGGUGGACGGCAGGGACAGAGGGGCAGUACAGGCUGCGGACAUCAAAGAGAAGAGGAACGCGCGGACAAGCAAGGUGGUAUUCGGUAGUCUGAUCCUGGACCUGCUCGGCUUCACGGUGGUGGUGCCUCUGUCUCCUGCUCUCCUCGACUGUUACUCAAAGCACGACUCCAGCGGCUUGUAUUCCUCUCUGCUCUCCUGUGUUACUUAUUACCAGCAUAUCAUCAGCGUUCCUGCGAGGUUCCACUCUGUCUUGUUUUGGUGCCUGGAGUUAACGCUGAUCUUCGCGACCCACCACAAGCAUAGUUACGACUCGUUGGCGCAGGACCGCAAGUUUUCCUUCCUGGGCCUGGUCAUGGCAAUUACACAGAGAGGGUUUAUGCGAAGUGUUAAGACUGGAACUGAAAAAGCAACUGCCAAUUAGGCACACACCUACAUUGUGAUGCAGCUCCUUGGAGGUGGAGAGCUGGCUGCCUCAGAGGAUCAGGAAACACGAGAGGUUCACAGAGGCUCGCCUCGGGCUUCGGUCGUCGUGAGGAACCUGGUGUCAGCAGUUCACUACGUGCACAGGAAAAGCAUCAGUGUUCACGGAGACCUAAAGCCAGACAGGGGUGAAAAGGGUUGGUGUUGAGGAUAGACAGAAAAGAAAAGAAAGGAAAGGUAAAAAAAGGAAGUUUUUUUGCAUUGAUUUUCCAUCUGCUUAUUUUAAAGAAUUUAUUGCAUGGAAUAUUAUUGAUCUCCAUCAUUUGUAUGGCCUUUAUAAUAAAAAGUAUGAAU